UACCUCUUUUCCUCAACCUCAUAACACCUAUAUAAACCCUCUCUUCUUCCUCUUCUCACAAAUCAACUUCUUCUCUCACAUUUUUCUUACUUUCCUCUCUCUAAACUCUCAUCUUUUUUGUUUCUUUCUUUUUAAACUCUCUUCCUUUUUUCCCAAAUGGCCACUGUUGAGGUUGAAUCAGUCCCAGUAGUAUUGCCAGAGCCUGAGGCAGCUCCAGCAGUCCAACCUGAGGAGAAAGUUGUAGAAGAGCCAGUGGCUGAAGAAACCCCAGCUCAAGAACAGGAGGAGGAAGCUGCUGCCCCUGCUGCCCCUGAACCUGUGGAGGAGGCACCCGUCGCAACUGAACCGGAAGUCGAAACCAAGGAAGAAGUUGUAGAAGAGAAGGAGAGCAAGCCAGAGGAGGCAGAGCCUGCAGCGGAACCCGAAGCACCGGCCGAGGCCGAGGCCGAAAAGAAGGAGGAAGAGACCAAGGAGGAAACAGUGGAGGCAGUUGAGGAGAAAACAGAAGAAGAGACUAAGGAAGUGAAAAGUGAAGAUGCCGUUGAAGAGAGCUCAGAAGCUGCAGCACCAGCUGAAGAAGAGAAGCCAAAAGCAGAGGAAUAAAGAGAGAGUAAAAUGUUGAACAGUUGGUUGGGGGAGUUAGUUUUUUCUUUAUGUUGUUUGGGUUUAUGGAUUGAGGGAAAGUCAUAUGAGAGUUGGGAGUUAAAAUGGCUAUCUAUAUAUUUUCAUAGUGGCAAAACUUCAACUCAAAUUGAGUCACAAAAGAGUUUUAAAACACAGAGUUGGAUUUAAGGUUUGCCAAUAUGGGAUAUGGAAGUCAAUACCCACAAGUGUCAUUUCAUUCACUAUUCUGUGUGGUUGGAUAUGUUGUUUCUUAGCUUUGAAUAAAAAUCAUAUUUUACUAA